AUGGCCUGGAACAAGAAGGAGCGUUUCAAUGCCAAGGCUAGGCAGUCUGCUGAACUGACGAAGCUGCCUGGUGAUGCGGUGGAUAGUAAUGCCGACGUUCUCAUCCCUCUGUCCACUCAAGAGAAGGAGAAGCGCAGAGAAGUCUUGCGCCAGCAGAUGCAACCGGAAGGCCAGCAAAUGUCGAGUAAAAAGAAGAAAAGGUUGGAUAAAUAUAUUGAAACAAAAUUGAAGAAAGAAGAUUCGAAGGCUCUCAUCGAGAAGCUAGCUGCUUCAAAAGUCGACACGUCGCUCAUGCAUAGUGCGAAGAAUCUUGGUCGAGCCAAGGAGACGAAGCGGGAGCGCCUACGACGAGCCCUCAACGAGGAGCGACGAGGGAUCAACGCCAAUCCGAGCGAGGAGCUGUACCGUGAAUACCCCGCGAUGAACGAGGACAACGUGGAUGGUUUUGGUUAUCAGGACGGAUCUAGUGACGACGAAGACGCUCCCGCAUUGCCGGUCCCGUCAUCUGUUGCACAGCCUCUGAUUCCGACAGCUGCUCCAGUAGGAAGCGGACUUAAACGCUCCAGUGAAGACGGCGCUCAACAGCCUUUGACGAAACGGCCAAAGAAGGCGGCGAAGUUGGCUUACAAUUGGCGGGCGCAGCUUGCAGCUCAGAAAGGCAAAGCACAAGACGACGAUGACUCUGCCGAUAGCUCUGACGAAUCUGAUAUGUCUGAUACGUCGGAUGCUGGAUCAUGGCAUGGUUUCGAAGACACUCCAGACAGCUCAGAGAAGCUUGGGAGCACCGUUGCACCAGACAUUUCAGAGACCUCCCCUCCGAAGCCUGCUGCAUCAGCUCCAACUGCGUCAUUCAAGCAAUGGGCCCAGCAGAAGCUUGACGAGCAGUCAAAUACGGUUUCGGCUGAUCCAGAUCAAGGUGUGGUGUAUGAAUUCGAAGCUAUCGAUCCUUCCAAAUUACCUCCUACCAGGCGUGACGGAACUACCCCUCCGCCUGCCGAGCUGGUGAGUUUAUCUAGCGCUGCGGACCGAAAAUCGUUCUUCGUCAGCUUCGAUCGUCCCGAAGAAGUGCAAGCUUCCCGUCUGCUGCUUCCGGUUGUUGCUGAAGAGCAGCGUAUCAUGGAAGCCGUGCACUCGAACCUCUGUAUCGUGAUUUGCGGUGAAACCGGAAGUGGUAAGACAACUCAGGUACCCCAAUUUCUUUUGGAAGCUGGAUUCGCAAACCCAGAUGGCGAUACGCCUGGUAUGAUUGGUGUUACGCAGCCACGCCGAGUUGCCGCUGUAAGCAUGGCGAAUCGAGUUGCUGCUGAGCUAGGGAAGUCUGGCGAAGAUAAGGUUGCCUAUCAGAUCCGCUUUGACGCUACCGUGAAAGCUACGACUGCUCUAAAAUUCAUGACGGAUGGUGUGUUACUCAGAGAGCUUGCGAGUGACUUCUUGUUGCAAAAGUACUCUGUCAUCAUCAUUGACGAAGCUCAUGAGCGUAGCAUCAACACAGAUAUCCUCAUUGGUGUGGUCAGUCGAGUUCUUCGAUUGCGUGAUCAACUUAGUAAGGAAGAAGGAUCGACAAUCAAACCCCUUCGUUUGAUCAUCAUGUCUGCGACAUUGCGAGUAACAGACUUCACGGAGAACAAGUCAUUGUUUCCCACGCCGCCUCCGGUCUUGAAGGUUGAUGCGCGUCAAUACCCUGUUUCCAUUCACUUUAGUCGGAAAACAGCAUACCUCGACUACGUCGGGGAGACCUUCAAGAAGGUUUGCAAGAUCCAUGAACGGUUGCCUCAUGGUGCUAUAUUGGUUUUCCUGACCGGUCAGAAUGAAAUCCAGCAACUAUGUGCCAAACUUCGCAAGAAAUAUCCGCAGUCUGGCCUCACACCGGCGGCUAGUCAAGACUCGUCACGUACGCCAAAGGUUCAAAUUUCUGGUCGGAAUGCAGGUAUUGAGGUCGAAGAUCUUGAUUUGGGAGAUGAUUCUGGUGAAGUCCUGAAUGAUGACAUGAGCAUCGAUGAGUCUGAUGAUGACGAUAUUGAAUUCCCAUUGGCCGAAGGUGAAGAUGAAAGGGAUACUGCGCAGCCGCUGCAUGUACUGCCACUCUAUUCCUUACUUCCCACGAAGGAGCAAAUGCGCGUAUUCGAGGCUCCUCCCGAGGGCAGUCGUCUUUGUGUUGUUGCUACUAAUGUCGCCGAGACCAGUUUGACGAUUCCUGGCGUGCGGUAUGUUGUGGAUUCCGGUCGGGCUAAAGAAAGACAUUACGACGAGGUCAGCGGUGUGCAAAGCUUUGACAUCUCUUGGGUCAGUCAGGCUAGUGCAGCACAGCGCGCGGGUCGUGCUGGGCGUACUGGUCCUGGCCAUUGCUACCGUUUGUUUUCGUCGGCGGUGUUUGAACGGGAUUUUAUUCCAUUCACGAAGGCGGAAAUCCUUCGUAGCCCUAUCGAGGGCAUUGUUCUCCAAAUGAAGUCUAUGAACAUUGACAAUGUCAUCAAUUUUCCUUUCCCCACACCUCCUGAUCGUGUGAGUCUUCGGAAAGCGGAGAACCUGUUGGUGUUCCUUGGCGCACUGAAUGCCGACAAACAGAUUACGGAAUUGGGAAGGACAAUGGCCGUGUUCCCCCUGGCACCCCGUUUUUCCAAGAUGCUCAUUAUCGGGCAACAACACGGAUGUAUGCCGUACAUCAUUGCCAUAGUUGCGGCCUUGUCGGUGGGCGAGCCUUUCUUAAGGGAAGAAGCUCUGGAAGGGGCCGAAGAUGAUGAAGCGACAGAAGACGGUGAAGGACAAGAGCGUCGUCAUACGGCAGUAAGUAAGGCUGAGAUGUCGUUUGUUAAGAACGCUUCCGUGAAGGAAAGCGAACAGAGAAAGGCGCAGAGGAAGUCGUAUUUCAUUGCACAACGUCGAUUCACCGGACUUGACCCCCUCUGCGAUAUCAUAAAGCUUCUUACUGCUGUGUGUGCCUACGAGUACGAAGGUGGAACCAGCACGUUCUGCGAGCAAAAUUUCCUCCGAGCCAAGACCAUGCAUGAUAUUCACAAGCUGCGACAGCAAAUUUCAGCUAUUGUGCAAAUGAACUGCCCAGGAGUUCUUGACCGUUUUGAAGCAAAACUUCCUCCACCUACCAUUCUUCAGAUCAAGGCUAUCAAGCAAAUCGUUGCUGCGGGUUUCAUCGACCAAGUUGCCAUCAAAGCCGACCUGUUACCCAAAAAUCAAAUCCGCGGAUCAAAGGCUACCAUGCAGAACAUUCCCUAUGUUACGUUAUUCCCUUCCUCGAGUCCAAGAGAAGGUCAGGACCCUGCUGUCUACAUUCAUGCUUCCUCGACCCUUAUGACAGCUUCACCUGCUGCUGCUCCGGACUACAUCAUUUACCACGAACUACAUCGUGCAAGUGGUGGUUCUGGAAGGAUCAGGAUGAAGCCGUUGACGGUAAUCAGCGGGGCUCAGUUGGCUGCUUUGGCUGGUCCAACGCCAUUGAUCACACACUCAAAACCGCUCGAACAUCCAUAUGCACCGCGGGUUUUGGCUGAUUCACGGGGACAGAAACGCGAAUGUUGGGUCGUACCGACAAUGGCUGCUAUAGGUUCGGUCGGUCCUGGGUGGCAACUCCCUCCCCGCAAGGUUGUUCAGGUCCUUGAACAUGGCAGAUGGGUCAAUAACUGA